AUGUUUAGUGGCCAUACUCCGCCGGUGGAGCGGCGCCCCGGAGCGGCCCUGCUCGCUAGAGGCUGGGCGCGACCACACUCCCUCCCGCCGCGCAGUCGGUCCCGAGCUCACGAGCAACCACGAGCAACCACGAGCAACCACGAGCGACCACGAGCAACCACGAGCGACCACGAGCAACCACGAGCAACCACGAGCAACCACGAGCAACCACGAGCGACCACGAGCGACCACGAGCGACCACGAGCGACCACGAGCAACCACGAGCAACCACGAGCAACCACGAGCGACCACGAGCGACCACGAGCGACCACGAGCGACCACGAGCGACCACGAGCGACCACGAGCGACCACGAGCGACCACGAGCGACCACGAGCGACCACGAGCGACCACGAGCGACCACGAGCGACCACGAGCGACCACGAGCAACCACGAGCGACCACGAGCGACCACGAGCGACCACGAGCGACCACGAGCGACCACGAGCGACCACGAGCGACCACGAGCGACCACGAGCGACCACGAGCGACCACGAGCGACCACGAGCAACCACGAGCAACCACGAGCAACCACGAGCAACCACGAGCGACCACGAGCGACCACGAGCGACCACGAGCGACCACGAGCGACCACGAGCGACCACGAGCGACCACGAGCGACCACGAGCGACCACGAGCGACCACGAGCGACCACGAGCGACCACGAGCAACCACGAGCGACCACGAGCGACCACGAGCGACCACGAGCGACCACGAGCGACCACGAGCAACCACGAGCAACCACGAGCAACCACGAGCAACCACGAGCAACCACGAGCAACCACGAGCAACCACGAGCAACCACGAGCGACCACGAGCGACCACGAGCGACCACGAGCGACCACGAGCGACCACGAGCGACCACGAGCGACCACGAGCAACCACGAGCAACCACGAGCGACCACGAGCGACCACGAGCGACCACGAGCAACCACGAGCAACCACGAGCAACCACGAGCAACCACGAGCAACCACGAGCGACCACGAGCGACCACGAGCGACCACGAGCGACCACGUUCGACCACGAGCGACCACGAGCGACCACGAGCGACCACGAGCGACCACGAGCGACCACGAGCGACCACGAGCAACCACGAGCAACCACGAGCAACCACGAGCAACCACGACCAACCACGAGCAACCACGAGCAACCACGAGCGACCACGAGCAACCACGAGCAACCACGAGCAACCACGAGCAACCACGAGCAACCACGAGCAACCACGAGCAACCACGAGCGACCACGAGCAACCACGAGCAACCACGAGCAACCACGAGCGACCACGAGCAACCACGAGCAACCACGAGCAACCACGAGCGACCACGAGCAACCACGAGCAACCACGAGCAACCACGAGCAACCACGAGCAACCACGAGCAACCACGAGCAACCACGAGCAACCACGAGCGACCACGAGCAACCACGAGCAACCACGAGCAACCACGAGCAACCACGAGCAACCACGAGCAACCACGAGCAACCACGAGCAACCACGAGCAACCACGAGCAACCACGAGCGACCACGAGCAACCACGAGCAACCACGAGCAACCACGAGCGACCACGAGCAACCACGAGCAACCACGAGCAACCACGAGCAACCACGAGCAACCACGAGCAACCACGAGCAACCACGAGCGACCACGAGCAACCACGAGCGACCACGAGCAACCACGAGCGAUCCACAGCCGCGACCAGGGUGACGGGCGUGCCUGCUGCCCGCGCUGCGACCGCGCUACGGCCGCGCUACGGCCGCGCUACGGCCGGACCCCUGGGGGGUCGCCGUCCGGCCCGAAUAUGGCGGGGCCAGUUUCCCCCGUGUUCACACUCGCCGGUCCUCUGCCCGGUGGUCUCACGCCUCCAGGGAAGGACCGCCCUGCAGUGACGUCAGGAGACCGCGCGGUGUCAGAAGACAGGAUGACUGCGCGGGGAUUGGAGCUCGGGUCGUCGUGA